UUAGAAAUUGUUCCUCUAUAAACAAAGAGGUGAAUGUAAUAGCCUUUGACAAUAUACAUUGCAUAAAAUGGGUUAAUACACGUACACGGCUAUUGCUCACCCUUUCGGUUUUAAAUUUUUACCCCGCAUCAAGCACCUGCUUGCCCGCGCUGCUGUGCGCGAGCUGUUCUGCCGCCCAUCCCUACCCUAAGCGAUAGUUUAAUUAUAUUGAAAACUUUCUUGUUGAUAACAAAUGUGUCACACUUACAGUUUGAAAUUUUCACAAUGCCCAAAUAACUUUAGCCCAAUAUAGUGAUGAUAAUACAGUAUUUACAUAUAUUUUUUCUUUUUACAAAAUUUAUAGAGCAUUUGUGCGGUACUUUACAUGGCUAUAAGCGUUUAUCUCACUGGUAAUAAUACAGACGAGAGCUUUCGCAUAUAUUACUUCGUUCUGCUCGCAGUUUUGGCCACGUUAAGUGCACAAGCCUGGGGUUUCUUCGUAGGUGCAACGCUGCCAACCAAGUUGGCCGUCUUUUUGGGUCCUAUUUUGGCGGUUCUCUUCUCGGUGUUUGGCUUCUGCACGCGUUACAUCGACAUUACACCGAUCUUCCGCUGGAUGUGGCAUAUUAGCUACUUCCGUGCCGGUUUCCAUGGAGCACUUAAUGCCAUUUAUGGUUUAGAACGCCCAUUCUUACCUUGUCCAGAGACUACGAUGUAUUGCCAUUUUCGCAGUCCGAAAGUGUUUCUCAAUUACAUGAUGAUCUCGGAUGUCAAUAUGGCCGACUGUGUUACACUGAUGGUUGUCGUGAUUGCUGUUAUGCAUGUACUCACACUUAUUACGCUCUGGCAUAAGUUGAACAAGCGUUAAUUAACCAAAUAUAUGUACAUAAGCGUACAUAUACACACAUUUGCAGGUACAUUAAAAGUUACACAAAUUUAGUUACAAAUACGAGCCAAAUACAUACAUAUGUAGGAAAGGAAAAUAUUUUGCAAAUAGAAAUGCAUCUAUACGGUUUAUGGUUUUUAAUUAUUUGAACUCAUGGUCU